AUUUUGUCAAAACUGACCCAAUCCAUCCUGCUUACAAAUGUAUAUAAGUGCCUAGCUCCUUAAAAUUUUAGGGUUAGAUUUUGCACUACGGCUACCGCAUACACACUCCCUCUUCUCUGAGUUCCUUCAACUAUUAACUGCGCAUAACCAAUUCUCAAUCACUAUGGGAAAGACACGAGGAAUGGGAGCUGCCCGCAAGCUUAGGAAGCACCGUAUUAAGCAACGGUGGGCAGAUAAGCAAUAUAAAAAAUCUCAUCUUGGUAAUGAAUGGAAAAAGCCUUUUGCUGGUUCAUCCCAUGCCAAGGGAAUUGUUCUUGAAAAGAUAGGUAUUGAGGCUAAGCAGCCCAACUCUGCCAUUCGUAAAUGUGCCAGGGUUCAACUCAUCAAAAAUGGGAAGAAGAUAGCUGCCUUUGUUCCAAAUGAUGGUUGCUUAAAUUACAUUGAAGAGAAUGAUGAAGUUUUGAUAGCUGGAUUUGGACGUAAAGGUCAUGCUGUGGGUGAUAUUCCUGGUGUCAGAUUCAAGGUUGUGAAGGUUUCUGGUGUCUCUCUACUGGCUCUUUUCAAGGAGAAGAAGGAGAAGCCUAGGUCUUAGAGUUGUGGGAUGGUUCCUUUUUCUUGUUCUUCUGAGUUUAACCCUUUUUUUUUAAUUUUUAAUUUUGCUUCUUGAGCCCUAUUCACAAUUUUGUAUUAUAGAAGUAAUGUUUCUGAACUUCAUUUGAUUCAAGUAAUAUAUAAUAUACUUUAGAUUUUC